AUGAAUCUCCUAAAAAUUGUGCUCUUAGCGACGGUAGCUGUUGCCAAGCAGCCGAAUAUCUUGUUCGUCUUGACCGAUGAUCAAGGGAAAUAUGUUGGUGGCUUAGAACACAUGCCCAAGCUACAGCAAACCCUCGUGCAACAAGGGACAAGCUACUCCAAUCAUUUCUGCUCAAUUGCACUAUGCUGUCCCUCGCGAGCGAACCUGUGGACCGGCCGCAUGCCUCAUAACACAAACGUCACCGACGUCGGCCUACCCUACGGCGGUUAUCCCAAAGUAGUUUCAGCUGGCUGGAACGACAACUACCUCCCUCUCUGGAUGCAAGAUGCCGGAUAUAAUACUUACUACGUCGGAAAGAUGUGGAAUGCCCAUACCGAAGACAACUACAAUGACCCCUAUGUCCGUGGUUUCAACGGCUCCGACUUCUUACUCGACCCUUAUACAUACCGCUACUGGUACGCGCGAAUGACACGCAAUGGCGCCCCACCCGUGAAGUACGACGGCAACUAUUCGACAGACGUGAUCGCCGAAAAAGCAUCCGGCUUUAUCGACGAGGCCGUUAAGCAAGACAGACCAUGGAUGUUGACAGUAGCACCAAACGCACCGCACUCAAAUGGCUCGCAUGAUUCCACACGAAACGCAAACUGGUUUGGCGAGCCGGAGUUUGCACCUCGACAUGCAGAUCUUUUCAAGGAUGUCAAGGCGCCUCGCGACGAGAGCUUCAAUACAUUGAUCGAGAACGCGGUUAGCUGGGUUGAAAAUGUACCAGAGCUGAAUCAGACUCAUAUUGAUUAUAUCGAUGAGUUCCAACGGUGUCGGCUGCGAGCAUUGCAGGCUGUUGACGAGAUGAUUGGGGAUCUUGUUGAGAAGCUUGAUAAGCUUGGAGAACUGGACAAUACUUAUAUCUUCUUCUCAACGGAUAAUGGGUAUCACCUUGGUCAGCAUCGGAUGCAACCUGGAAAGAACUGUGGUUAUGAAACCGAUAUAAAUGUACCACUCAUCGUUCGCGGACCAGGCAUCGGCAAGAAUGUGACAUUGGAUGCCAUCACAAGUCACACCGAUCUGGCACCAACAUUCCUUUCUCUGGCUGGAUCUACCAGAGAUGGCUUAGAUGGCAAGAAGAUCCCCACGACCAUCGCAGCCAGCACAGCUCACAACCGAGCCGAACACGUUGCGAUCGAAUACUGGGGAUUGGCCGUUCCGGAAGGAAUCUACGGAUAUGCGAGUGACAAGCUCGACCAGCCUCACAACAGUUUCCAGCGUAAUACAUACAAGGCCAUCAGACUAGUCUCUGACGACUACAGUCUCUAUUAUGCCGUGUGGUGCACGAAUGAGAAAGAAUUCUACGAUCUCAAGGGCGAUCCACACCAAACUAAGAACCUGGGCACCCAACCAGCCAAGCAAUCAUACAAGAUCGCCAACCGCAAGCUACCCCAGAUAAUAUCUCGAUUGAAUGCUUUGAUGUUGGUGCUGAAAUCGUGCGAAGGGGAUGCAUGUCGAGACCCAUGGCUCCAGCUGCACCCGGCAGGCAAGGUGAACAGUCUUGCGGAAGCGCUGGAUUCGGGCUUUGAUACAUUCUAUGCGAACCAGCCGAAGGUAUCUUUCUCUUCUUGUGAGAACGGGUAUAUCAUUUCUGCGGAGGGUCCACAAGAGUUCAAUGCGUAUGGAGCGCAAAGUCGGAGAGGGUGGCUGGAUGGGCUCUGGUGA